AUGAAGAAGAAGAGGAAGAAAAAAGUGGCUUUUAGCACUCGUUGCUCGGUUCGGCAAUUUAAGUCAUUAGUGGACUUCAUAAAAGAUGAUGAAGAUUUGAAAGUGAGGGUACAAAAUUUAGGCUUUGGCCAUUUACUUGACAUUGGAUGUGAGAGACUCCCUCGUGACCUCAUAGUAUGUGUUCUCCGAGCAUAUGAUCCGCCUACCCAUCAAUUUCUAAUAAGAGGGAUAAUAAAGGAAAUAGAAGCAAAUGAUGUUGCAAACUUGUUGGGUGUACCCCACACAGGGGAGAAGGUAAAAAUGGACGUAUGUGAUGAUGAUGAGACAUACCAGAGGUUGAAGGAGGAAUUUGGUAAAGUCCCUUAUACGAAGAUACUCAAUGACAUUAAAUCUGGGCAAAAGAAAGAUGAGUUUGAGUUCCUGUUUAUGCUGUACACACUUGGGAGUUUUUUAACUCCUACUUCACAAACAACUGUGAGUGACAAGCUAAUAAGAGUCAUGUGCUGUACCAUGAAGGGAUUUCACCAAUUUGAUUGGGCCACGUACAUUGUGAAGCACUUGUGGAAAGAGAUGGGAGAUUAUGUGAAAGUGUACACAAAAGCAAAGAAAGACGAAGAUGAAGAUGAAGGAAGCUGCAAUGUGGGAGGAUGCAUCUACCUCCUGUUGUUAUAUUUUGCUGAGCACUUCCCACUAUCCAAAACUGUUGAGAGAGGGUCCCUAAAUGCCAUUCAAUUCUGGACUGAUGAGAGGAUAAGGAAGCUGGAAAAGAAGGAGAGGGAAAGCAAGAGGGGUUUACUGUAUAAGGGCAAGGGAAGUAUGGAUAGAAGUGGGAAGGAUGAAGGAAAACGCAGAAGUGUGGCUCAUUUACACCCGGAGUUACAGAAGUUGCACGGACGAUUGAUGGCUCAGAUCGAAUUAAGCACUAUGAGGCUUAUAAGUGCAAUGGAAGAUGAGCUAGAUAAGGUGCAGAUAAGGAUAGAGGAAAAUAAUGUGACCACAGAUGAUGAGGACCCUAUUGACGUCCCAGAUGAUGAUAAGGGAGAUGAUGAUGCAUUUGGCGAUGAAGACUCCCAUGAUCAUGAUGGACAUGAGUCUGAUGACGAAGGUGAUGAUAGAGAUGAGUUCCACGGGGGAGAUGGUCAGGGAGACGAUGAUGCAACUGGCUCAGAUAGGGGUGAUGACAUUGGUGUUGCAGCAGAAGGUGCAGACAAAGAAAUUAUGGAGUCUCCCCUGCCCUUGUCCCCCAUGGACAAGGGAUGUCAACUCCGGAGAUCGCAAAGGGAGAUGAAAUCCGCUAUCAAUUCUCCAUGGAUUUUGACAAAGCCAACUAAGAGGCGAAAGAGGCCCAUGGAUGACAAGGACCGGUUUUAUGACAUAGUUUCCCGUAUGUGUUCAAGCAAGGAGGGUGACAUGCCUUUGGUGAAAAUCUCUGAUGAAGAUAUCACUCGGGAUCAGCUAAGGACACUUGGCGGAAUUGAGAAAAUAGGUAACCGGCUGAUGUCAACUGUGUGCAAGACUCUAAUGGCUGAUAUGGAGAAGGAAGGGCAGGUGAAGCGGCACAUUUUUUAUGCUGAUUUUAUGGCAAUAAUGGCAGCUAACCCAAAGCUGUGGGAUGCUACAAAACGGAAGAAACAAUUUUUACCUGAAAAUGUAGGCUACAACAUAGGAGAAUGUGAUUUGAUCUUUGGACCCACACUUGUUGGCGCUCACUGGUUCUGUGUUGUGCUUGAGCCUAGCACAAUGAAUUUCUAUGUGCUGGACUCAAUGAAGCCAAAUUUAGAGGGUAAGAAGAAGAGCAAGAAGAAGGGUGUAAUUAUUGAUGACAUGACGACCGUCGUCACUGAAUGUAGGAAUAGAUUUUAUGACAUUAUUGAGAUAGUUAAGCCUAAUGCCACUGGGAAGAAGAAAAUGAGUGAUAUCAUUUGGGCUCCUGUUCCGCAACAAACAAUCUGUGAGUGGCGAGACUGCGGUGUUCAUGUAUUAAUAUGGUUGAGUAAAUGGAAGCCCGGUGAGAUACUUCACUAUACGGAUGAACAAGUGGCUGAAUUCCGACGAAACCUCAUGUGGUGGCUAGUGAAUCAUGAGCUUAAUUCAAGACGUGAUGAAGCAUUAAGCUUGCUUUCAUCAACCCAAGCCACCACACUGACCAAAAGACGCCAUCUGUGA